AACUUUGGGCGCUGCCUUUGCAAACGGGCGGUGGGGCCAGGGGGAGGCCGGCUGUGUGGGUGGCAGCUGGAGAGGGGCGGUCUGAGGGGAGACCACAAACGUCCGGGGCGGGCUCCUGGGCUGCCCCGGAGUUCAUUGAGGGACUCGCCCCCUCCCACUGCAGAUCUUCUCGGCUCUCGUGAAUUUCUCUGGCUGUGCACGCGUGAGGGAGUGAGUGUAUUUGUGUGUGGGAGUGAGUGCGCGCGGGCGGGUGUGUGUGUGAGUGUGUGAGUGCGUGUGUGUGUGUGUGUGUGUCGGGUUGUGCGCGGGGCUCCGGGCCGGCCGGCUCGCGCUCUCCUGGGGUCUGCCGCGGCGGCGGCAGCGGCGGCGGCGCGCUGGGGAAGAUGCUGCAGUCCCUGGCCGGCAGCUCCUGCGUGCGGCUGGUAGAGAGACACCGCUCCGCCUGGUGCUUCGCCUUCCUGGUGCUUGGCUAUCUGCUCUACCUGGUCUUCGGCGCCGUGGUCUUCUCCUCGGUGGAGUUGCCCUACGAGGACCUGCUGCGCCAGGAGCUGCGCAAGCUGAAGCAGCGCUUCCUGGAGGAGCACAAGUGUCUCUCGGAGCAGCAGCUGGAGCAGUUCCUGGUGCGGGUGCUGGAGGCCAGCAACUACGGCGUUUCGGUGCUCAGCAACGCCUCGGGGAAUUGGAACUGGGACUUCACCUCCGCCCUCUUCUUCGCCAGCACAGUGCUCUCCACCACAGGUUAUGGGCACACAGUGCCUUUAUCAGAUGGAGGUAAGGCCUUCUGCAUCAUCUAUUCGGUCAUUGGCAUCCCCUUCACCCUCCUGUUCCUGACAGCAGUGGUCCAGCGUAUCACUGUUCACGUCACUCGGAGGCCUGUGCUCUACUUCCACAUCCGCUGGGGAUUCUCCAAACAGGUGGUCGCCAUCAUUCACGCUGUCCUUCUUGGGUUCGUGACUGUAUCCUGCUUCUUCUUCAUCCCGGCAGCAGUGUUUUCCAUCUUGGAAGAUGACUGGAACUUUUUGGAAUCCUUUUAUUUUUGCUUCAUUUCCUUGAGCACCAUUGGCCUGGGAGAUUAUGUUCCUGGAGAAGGCUACAAUCAGAAAUUCAGGGAGCUAUAUAAGAUAGGUAUCACAUGUUACCUGUUGUUGGGCCUCAUUGCCAUGCUGGUCGUUCUGGAAACCUUCUGUGAACUCCACGAGCUCAAAAAGUUUAGAAAAAUGUUCUACGUGAAGAAGGAUAAGGAUGAAGAUCAAGUCCACAUCAUGGAACACGACCAGCUCUCAUUCUCUUCCAUCACAGACCAAGCCGCAGGCCUGAAGGAGGAUCAGAAACAGAAUGAGCCUUUUGUGACAGCUCAGGCAUCCACUUACUCUGAUGGCUCAGCAAACAAUUAAAAGUAGGGUCCCUCACCCCAUUUGUCCUAGCACACUACCAUCCCUGCAAGUCAGAAAUAGAAAAAACCUUUGUUCAUUUUUAUGAAAAUGUAAAAGCCAAGAUGACGAUGCCACUUAAACAGAUAUCCAUUAUUUGAGGUAUUAAAAACAAAACAAAAAAGCAACCAUGGGCUCACUUGGGAAAUAUAAUAUCUGAGGAGAGGGAAUCUCCACCUGUAAUACAUUCUGUAACAAACAAGACUGGGCUUUGUAGUUAGGUGAGAACAACAAUGCUGGAAACAGUGACGCUGGGGAGAGGUUAACAAUGCUUGGCCAGAAGCAGGUUUUAUACUUUUAAUUGGGAAAUUUGAGGUUUGUUUUUGAAUCAUUUAGCAGCUUCAUAGCAAAACUUUCUAUUUAAGAGAGAGGCUUAGCAAUGUGUUUUAUAAUUAAGUUCCUGUGUACUGUUUGCAUGUGCCCAUCCAAAGUGAUUAUUUUUGUAGAAUCUAAGUUAAGACCUACUAUUUAUACUGAAUGUUUAACUAAUACAUGUGUACAUAGAAAGUAUAAAUAUGUUUAUAUCCUGUGUAUAUAGAAAUAUAUAAUGUAUAUAUAGGCUAGGUCCCUAGAAUUCAGUGAACUUCUUAGAGCAGAAUUAUAGAUAAAUUUUGUUUUCUCUCUUUAUAUAAGAAGUAACUCAGAAUUGCUGCAUUUGAUAAGUGAAUGAAAUAGAAUUACAUUUAGGACCGACUAGAGAAAAUUUGGAGCUGCAAGAAACACUUUGCUCUUGCAGUGGUAUUUUGUGAAAUGUUUGAAACAUUUAUAAAAAAUUUCCCUUUUUUGUGACCAAGAAAUGAAGAAUGUCAUUUGUAUAGAAGUGAAGAUAGCUAAAGAUAGUUUUGUAAGGUUUUUUUGUGAUUUGCAGCCAUUUAAAUUUUUUUAAAAGCACAGAACUUUCAACCAAGAAAAAUAUAAAACAAAGGUCUGGUUAAACUAAUUCAGUUAAGUGUUUAAAAUUCAUAAGAUGGAAUAAACAAAAAGGUAUGGCCUGUGGCUACACUUUAAUGUCUUUUAUGUCAGGGAAAACUUUAACUGUAUCUCUAUGGGCUCUCUUCACUUCUGUGUAGAAACCAUAAAACUAGCAGUUUUCAAUGAUGCCUAGAGGAAAAUACUAAAAAUUUCAAGUAGGAAAAAUAAACAGCACUGUGUGGGCUAACUAAUGCUCAGUGACAGGGUAAGUAGUUCUUAUCUUUUUUUGUAUGAUAUGUCAUUGAGGGAUGCUGAUAUUGGAAUGAUCACAGACUUGACUGUUAGAAAAAAUUAGCACUUUAGGUGACUCACUUCAAGCCAAUUUGUUACAAUUUGGCCUCUUUAUGAAAGGGCUAACUUAUAUUUAAAACACACACACACACACACACACACACACAUACUGUUACAUUAUGUGCAACAAUAAGCCAACCCACUUGUCAUCUGAUCACUUUCAUGGCAGUCUCUGAAAAUGGGGUCUUCUGGUUUCCAUAGCACUUUUAUUAGUCAUAGGAAUAUUUGUCAAAUAGAAAUAGACUCCAAGGUGUUCUGUUGAAUCUGUGGUAGAAUUUCAGUGGCCAAUUCCUAUCCUGGUGAACUAGUUUCAUCAGCAUUUUUUGUUCAAGGCUUAAGCCCAAAGACUUUUGUCAGAUUUCCUUGAAACCUAAUCCCAUUGCCCCCAUAGGCUUAUUAUAUUUCCUGGUGUUCCAUUAUCUAUUCACCUUGCCCUUGCAGAGGAGAUACGACCCCAUGCAAGGGAAGUUAUUGGCUAAGUGACAACUUGAGAGAGUGGAGAAACACAUUUUGUAUAUGAAGGGGAUGGAAUAUUUGACAGUCCAUCGUUGAUUGGCAUAAAAUGAAGGCUGGUGCUGAUGGAGAGUAUAAAUCAAAGUAGUGAUAAGUGACACUUGGGUGUGUACUGACAUUUUAUUAGAUGCAGCAAAUGGCUUUUGUUAGCCACAGCUGUCUGGCUUUAGUACAAGAGAGAAGGGAGUUUAUAAAUAUGAUGAAAGAAGAGGAGGAGUAGAAGGAGGAAAAGAGCUUGCAAAGGUGACUGUGUAUCAAAAUGGCAUUAAUAAAGUACUUUAUGUUCCAUAUGUUCUCAACACAUUCAUUAAUUCUCUCAAAAUUAUGGUGUGAUUUCUUUCUUUACAUAUGUAGAAAGUGAGGGAAAAACAAAAUUACUUUUUUUUUCAGGUGGAAAUUUAAGGGGUUUCUUUUCCAAUGAAUCAUUUACUUCAUUGGUCAUCAUUAAAAUUCUAACUGUCUUUAUAUAAAUAGAGAAAUGGGGUGGGGUGCUGGAAAAUGGAGUCAGGAAUGGAACUGGUUUAUAGGCUUUAAUAGGAUUCUGAAGGAUGAAACCAUGGAAUUGUGCCCACCGAUUGCCAUUUGUUGCCCUCUCAUAUGGGAAACAAAAGUGUAAAAUUUUUCAUGGCCUUGGGAUGGUGUAGAUUCUGAAGAAGGGCAUAGUAAAGUCAGACCAAAAGAUAGAUAUUUUGCUUAAAGAUUUUUUUUUUAGUCACAGGGCAUUUUUCCUUAGGAAAAGAUGGGAGAAUUGUGGAAAAAAAUGGUUUUGGGAAUUGACUGGUAUGGUAUAACUAAUGGACCUCUGAUGAGGAAAGAGGACAGAACCUUAUGGGGAAAUGGUCUGGGAAUGAAAGAAAAUGCCCUUUUGGGUGUACGUGGGGAAAUCUCUGAAUAAGAAGUAUGCCUUAGAAUGUUUUAAGACAAAUUCUCUGAGGAGAGGAUAAUUGGAGAAAGGAUUGAGUAGUUGUCCUGAGAAUGAUAUGAUUUAGUAGGCUCCUUAGAGGAUUGUUUUGGAUGGACAACUAAGGUAAGGAGUAGUACUCUGCUCUAAAACAGAGAUGGUCAUCUUUCCACAUACCACCCUCAUGUGCCUUUUGUGAAAAUGAGUAAGACCACACCAAGUAUAUUUUGGACCUUCAGAUCUUGACGUGAAGGGAAAACCAGCAAAUGUAAAUCACCCUUUUUUACCCCUUAUGAUCACCCAGAUUACCAAAAACAAUUACAUUAAUAGGAAUUGAUACCAAGGAGCCAGUAGUAAUUCAUUGUUCAUAAUUCACAAUUCUGUGAACAUUAUUUCGUGAUCGUGUAGUAUAUUCAAUUUGUGUUGUGAUUCACUUUUCUGUAGAAUGUUCAUGCUAAGAAGAGAUUUGUAAAUGUUGAUGUCCACCUUUAAGUGAAAUAAUCACUUUGGACUUCACGUUAGAAAAUGUGUUUAUCUGCUAAACAUAUCCCUCCGUAAAUUUAUUAAAUUUUUUUUGUUACAUUUAAAAAAAAACUGAGAUAAUAAAAGCAUUGUCAUUAACCUUA